CUACACUCUUCUUCGUCUUUAAGCAGCCACCUACUUCGCUAGCUAUGGAGUUUUGGGGUAUUGAGGUUAAGCCUGGAAAGCCCAUCAAGGUCGAACAAGAAGAUGGCUACAUGAUCCAUGUUUCUCAGAUUGCUCUUGGUGAGAUCAAGAAGUUGGGAGAUAAGACUGUUCAGGUCUAUGUCAAGGUUGGUGGUGAUGAUAAGCAGAAGCUUGUCAUCGCGAACCUCUCUCAGAAGAAUCCUCAAGUUUCUCUUGAUGUCAUGUUUGAGCAAGACUUUGAGAUCUCACACGAGUGCAAAAGCGCCAGUGUCCAUCUUCUUGGUUACAAGAGCGUUGAUCCUACGGAUGGUGAAGUCAACUCUGAUUUUGAUUCAGAGGAUGAGGAAAUUCCUAUGGAUAUGUUUCGAAGUGAAUUGGAGAAAUCAAACGCCAAUGGUUUGAAUGAUAAACAGGCUAGUGUUGAAGCUGGUGAAUCUGAGUCAGAUGAUGAAGAUGAAUCUGACGAGAUGGGUUCAGAUGAGGAUGAUGAUGACUCGGAAGAAGAAGAGGAAACACCUGUUGUAAAGGUUGAGCCUGCCAGCAAGAAGAGACCAAAUGGUGGAGCAAUGAACAACAACACAGUUGCUUCAAAGAAAGCCAAAGUCGCAAAUCAGCAAAAGCCAUCAGGAGGAGGGCAUAAGGGGCACAAGUGCGGCGGUGUUCAUCCUCCAAAAAGAAACUAGAGAAUGAGAGCCAAGUCACAUUUUUCAUAUAAAAUUUUGAUAGUAUUACCCAUCUAUUGGUGAAUGGUUGAGUUACUUGCGAGAAUUUUGGAUUGUUAAAAUCAUUCAAAUAUAUUUUUGUUGUCGUUGGCAAUGUCAGUGGUUUCAGUAUUUUUUUUGUUGUUAUUUACUAAUUUCUCAAAUGAAUGUUAACGAUAUGCUUUUGCUUUAAACGGGUACAAUGUGGGCGAAAGGUAGUUCUGCUCAAAAUUUGAUGCAAU